ACCAAAAAACUUGAAGAAAGGAGAGAAGAGAAAAGGAAAGAGGAAGAGCAGCUUACUUUCUCCUUAAUUCAGAGAGAGAUUAAGAAGGAAAUUGAGAGGAGAAAAACUGGAAAAGAGAUGUUGGAUUAUAAAAGAAAGCAAGAAGAAGAAUUAACAAAAAGAAUGUUAGAGGAAAGAAACAGAGAAAAGGCAGAAGAUAGGGCAGCUCGAGAGCGUAUAAAACAGCAGAUUGCGUUGGACCGUGCAGAGAGAGCUGCUCGUUUUGCAAAGACAAAGGAAGAAGUAGAAGCUGCUAAAGCUGCUGCCUUGCUGGCCAAACAGGCAGAAAUGGAAGUCAAGAGGGACUCUUCCGCAAGAGAAAGAAGCACUGUUGCAAGAAUUCAAUUUCGUCUUCCUGAUGGUUCUUCCUUUACAAAUCAGUUCCCUUCUGAUGCUCCUCUAGAAGAAGCAAGGCAGUUUGCUGCACAGACUGUUGGCAACACUUACGGUAAUUUUUCAUUAGCAACCAUGUUUCCCAGGAGGGAAUUUACCAAAGAAGAUUAUAAAAAGAAGUUACUGGAUUUGGAACUUGCCCCAAGUGCUUCAGUGGUACUGUUGCCAGCAGGAAGACCAACUGCAUCCAUGGUACAUUCUUCCAGUGGAGACUUUUGGACGUUGUUGGGGACGGUGCUUUACCCAUUCCUUGCCAUCUGGAGACUGAUUAGCAACUUCUUGUUUAGUAGUCCUCCUCCUGCACAGACCUCAGUGAGAGCAGCAGCAUUAGAACCUUCAAACCUUGGAUCGUCUAGUAACUCAGAAAAAAGGGAACCAGUCAGAAAAAGAGUGCUGGAGAAAAGGGGGGAAGACUUUAAAAAGGAGGGGAAGAUAUAUAGAUUGAGGACUCAAGAUGAUGGUGAAGAUGAAAACAACACUUGGAAUGGAAAUUCUACUCAACAGAUGUAGUGUGACAAGUACAAUAUGUGCAAUAAUUAUUGUUUCUCUUAUGAUUUAAUUCAACUAAAAUUCUACUGGAGAGGUGGGACUGCUUUAAUGUUUUCUAACUGAUCUAUAGAACAUCUCUUUAUUCCUGCUUAGUGGGUUAAAGUUGUUUAACUCAGACAAGUCAAGAGAUAAAAUAACUGGCUGGUAGGUCUUUGCCUAUGGUAACCAACUGCUAGAAGCCUAAAAGAAUCAAAAGGUCCGCCACAACCUUCCUUUGUCAGCUUUCUUACUUAGUAUUUCAUGUACCCCUUAGCCCUUUGCUUUCAGAUCAUAUGUUCUGUUUAGAGCGAUUUUGCUCCAGAACUCUUAAGCCCACACAGAGUAACUGGUCUGUCACUGAGUAAUUGGACUCUGAGUCAGAGCAUUUUAACUAGCCAAUCAGAUGACAAUUUAUGUUUAACUUUUCUCUUUUUGCUCAUCAGCUGCAAGCAAAAUCUUGUAGUUUUUAAUCUUAAACACUGAAUAAAAAAUCUUUUCCAAAAA